AUGCCCCAAGACAUUCAUUUUCAGCUCGGUGGUCUCGAUGUGGUGUUGUCACAUCUUUCUGGGAACUAUAUUGCAGUAUCCAUAGAAGCUUCCGGUGUUCUGACGCAACUCACAAAUCCUCAUCAUGCUUUUGUGCAACUGCACAAUGUUGGACCAAUUUUGGUUAGACUAUUAGACCUCAUUGACAGCUGCACUACUAGUGAGACGCUGCUUUUGGUGUCAGCCGCCUUAUCCAAUGUUUCUUUACAGGAUCCGCAAGCAGUUGAUACACUUUAUCAAAAUAAUGCCAUUAUUCGACUAAUUAAUGCCUACAAUAAACAGGAUUGCUCGUCAAUAUUUGUACAGGAGCAGAUUGUAACAGUCUUGUCUCGAUUGGCUGCUCGUCGAUACGAAGAAGCACUUGUAGCUCAAGGCGCCGUUCCCGUGCUGCUGGAAAUGCUCACGGUGACCGACAGCCAGCAUUCUGAUUAUUGUCGACGUAUUCGCUAUAAGGCCGCCGUCUGCAUCGGAACUCUUGCAGCUACUGGAGUGGGUCUCAAGGCACUCUAUGUCAACCAAGGUAUGAUCCCUUUAUGA